GAGAGUGGCCGAGUGUGGGUGAAAGUGAGGAGGAGGAGGUGGGUGAGGGCACGAACUGGAGAGAGGACGGUGCCCCGGGGCAGGAGACGGACGGAAGCCGGGAGGCUAAGAAGCGGAGUGCUGCAGCGGCUGUGUGAGGAGGAAGAGGAGAAGAUGGCGGACGGGGAUAGUGGGAGUGAGAGAGGGGGCAGCAGCGGAGGCCCCAGCGGCUUUUCCCAGCACAUGUCCCGAGAGCAGGAGACCCAAGAACUGGCCUCCAAGCGACUGGACAUCCAGAACAAGCGAUUCUACCUGGAUGUAAAGCAAAACGCUAAGGGUCGCUUCAUCAAGAUCGCAGAGGUCGGAGCCGGGGGCUCCAAAAGCCGCCUGACCCUGUCUAUGGCUGUGGCUGCGGAGUUCCGCGACUACCUCGGGGACUUUAUCGAACACUACGCCCAGCUGGGACCCAGCAGCCCGGAGCAGAUCGCUCAAGCCUCUGGAGAGGACGGGGCUGGAGGGCCGGGCGGUCCCCGUCGAGCUCUGAAAAGCGAAUUCCUGGUGCGGGAGAACCGCAAGUAUUACCUGGACCUGAAGGAGAACCAGAGGGGCCGCUUCCUGCGCAUCCGCCAGACCAUCAACCGGGGCCCCGGCUUCAGCGGAGGGACAGGAGGGGGCCCCGGCCUCCAAAGCGGACAAACCAUCGCCCUGCCCGCCCAAGGCCUCAUCGAGUUCCGCGACGCCCUGGCUAAACUCAUCGACGAUUACGGAGGAGAGGACGACGAGGGCAUGGGGCUGGGCAGCGGCGCAUCGGGAGGAGGAGCCGGCGGCGGCGGAAUGUACGGAGAGCUGCCCGAGGGCACGUCCAUCACCGUCGACUCCAAGCGCUUCUUCUUCGAUGUGGGAAGCAACAAGUACGGCGUGUUCCUGCGGGUGAGCGAGGUGAAGCCCAGUUACCGCAACUCCAUCACUGUCCCCCUCAAAGCCUGGGGCAAGUUCGGCGGAGCCUUCUGCAGAUACUCCGAGGAGAUGAAGGAGAUCCAGGAGCGGCAGCGGGACAAGAUGUACGACAGGAGGGGCCCCGGGGAGAGGGGAGGAAGUCUGGGCCCCGGGGCUGGAGGAGGAGGAGAUGACUCCGAGACUGAGGAUGUGGACGACGAUUGAA